GAUCCCGUUUCUCCCUCCCUCUCUGCUUAGUGCCAGUGCUCUGUAGGCCAGCACACAGUCAACUUGACAACAGGAGCAGAGCAUAUAUCAGAUUUCUCCUACAGGACUAUAAGAGUCAAACACCCCUUGGUGAAUUACUGGGGAUCAGAGCAGCCUGACUGUCCUUCUGUGUCCAGCUAAGAAAGUCGCCGUGCUGCAAUGAACUGCGCUGCGACCUCUUUCAGCGUGACUCAGUCUGUGGGUUUCUAUGCAUCAUGACAGAGCUCGUGCCAUGAGUUAAUGAAUCUAUACGCCAGCUUUCUCCUGCCAAGUCUUUCCUAAACAUGGCGUUAUGUGAGAAUACGAGGAGCUGGAGGUGGCAGGGCAGCGUUGCAGCAUUCAGGGGUGUCGUGGGAGUGAUGCUGCUGCUGGGUCUCAGCUCGGCCCAGUCCGUCCCUCCGCAGGCGGCGUGUUCGGGAGCUGCGAUGCCACAGAGCCUCACCCAGCCUCAGUACAAUGAGACAGUGAAGGAGGACACCGGUGUGGGCUUCAUGGCACCUGUGGUCCGGUCCUUCCUCCACACAAUCCAACCUAACCCCUUUCCUGCAGAUUUGAUCCUGAAAAUAGUCCAGGAUUUUGAUCAAAUGCAGCUAAAUCAAGAACACAUCAAAGAAGCCCUGGUGUAUCAAGUGGGUUUCCUGGUGUGUAUAGCCAUCGGCAUCUUGUACAUCGUUCUGAUGCCCAUAGUUGGUUUCUUCCUGGCCUGCUGUCGCUGCUGUGGCAACUGUGGUGGGAAGAUGUACCAGAAGCAGACAUCCGCCAUUCACUGUCGCAGAAGAACUCUCUACUGGAGUGCAUUCGUCACCACAAUCAUUAUUCUCGCUGGGAACAUCUGCAUGUUCAUAAGUAAUGAAGCCCUCAAAGUGAGUGUGGACCAAAGCCCAGUGGAGCUCAGCAACACUGUAGACAAUAUCCACACCUUCCUCACAUCUGUGCCUCAGCAAGUUGACAAUGUGGUGAAUGAGAGCUACAGAACUGUGGACGAGGUCACUAGAAACCUACAAGAAAUUGGACCUCUGUUGGGAACAGAGAUCCAAAAGCGAUUUAGAGGAACCCUGGACCCAGCGCUGCAGUCAGUUAAACUUCUUGACCAAGAGACUGUAAACACCAGUGCUCAGCUGAACAACCUGAACUCAUCCCUGGUCCAGCUGCAGUCCAGCCUGGACCGCAUCCAAGCCAAUGUCACAGCUGUUAAAAAUCACAUCGAUCAGACUUUAUCCAAGCCAGAAUGUUUUCACUGCGACAACCUGAAGCCGGAGCUGCAGAAACUGACAGUGGACACCUCCAUUUCUUUUCCCAGUUUGAAUGAGUUUCAGUCUGCAGUGGAUGAAGUGGUCAAAGCUAAUCUCCAAUCCCGAAUCGAUGAGGUGGAGGACUACUUCCAAAGCAUCCCCCAAAGGGUGACCAGUGAGACCAAGGAUGUAGUUCAAAGAAGCAAGCAACAGCUACAAGACAUAAAAAUGCAGAUCUCCCAGGUUUCCAGUGAAAUUCCUUUAUCUGAUCUGAACGACGUGUCGGCGAGUCUGAACCAGCUGCAGACAGAAGUCGACAGAACCAUGCCAGAAGUUGAAAGAGUGGAGCAUAUCAGAUGGGGGGUGUGUGUGGCUCUGUGCUGUGUGGUUCUCCUGGUGGUCGUAUGUAACCUGCUGGGUCUCAUCCUGGGUCCUCUGGGUCUGACGGCCAAAGCUGAUCCCACAAAACGCUCCUGUACAGCAGACUGUGGAGGCACCUUCCUCAUGAUGGGUGCUGGUUUGAGCUUCUUCUUCUCCUGGCUCUUCAUGAUAGCGGUGCUGGUGCUGUUUGUACUGGGUGGAAACGUUUACACUCUUGUCUGUAAGCCCUGGAACAACGGACAGCUGCUGAAGUUUCUUGACACUCCAGGUUUAAUUCCAGAGUUGGAUAUAAGUUCAACUUUGGGACUGAAAACCAAAAUCAACAUCUCUGACAUUUAUAGGGACUGUGAAGAAAACCAGCCUCUGUGGACAACACUCCACUUGUAUGAGAUGGUGGAUCUAGGAGAUCUACUCAAUGUAUCUAAAUACACAGAGGAGAUCCAACAGCACUUUGAAAAUACCAAUAUCACUCUGUCAUCAGUCACUCUUCUGAGCGCCGAAGUUAAAAACAAACUCAUCAGCAUCUCUGCAAAGGCUAAAGAUUUCGACGCUACUGCUAUCACACAGCAGAUGAACAACAUUUCCAGCAUCAAUCUGAAUUCAACAGCAGAUAAGCUGGAUGAGCUCGCUGGUCGUCAAACUAACCCUGAAAUUCAAACAGAACUCCAAAAUGGGGCCAAGGACCUGAGGCAGAUCCAGCCAGACAUAGAAACAACCAUCAUCCCACAGCUGGAAAACCUGAAUUCAACCAUCAAGAUCCUUCAAUCCACUGCAGAAAAGAUCAAUGGAACAGUGGGGGAGGUGCUAAGCAGCGUGGGGGCAGCACAAGACUUCCUCAACACAAAUACAACACAGAUCGUCAAGACCGAGAGCAGAGAGUUUUUAGACUGUCAACUGGAGUACUUCAUUGCUUAUGCUGACUGGGCCAAUGUCACGAUCACACAGCAGGUGGGUCGUUGUGGGCCGGUGGCGGGAGCUGUGGACUCUGCUGAGAUCAUCCUCUGUGAAUACAUGGUGGAGUCUCUGAAUGCAUUCUGGUUCAGUCUGGGCUGGUGCAUGAUCUUCUUCAUCCCCAGCAUCAUCUUUUCCAUCAAACUAGCCAAGUACUACAGGAGAAUGAAGUACUCUGAUGUCCACGAAAACCACAUAAUCAUGAACCACAUCCCACGGGCCCAGAUGAAAUUCACCUGAGAGGAUGGCACAUGUGCGGUACAACUUUAAUAGACUGCAGGCACAAAUGUUGCUGCGCUUGACAAAGUAAAAACACAUGGUGCACGCCUGCACAGAUGUGGCACAUUGCCACUCCAACCCAAAAAUCCCUGACUGAAAAAAAACCACAUUAGGAUUCAUACUUGAGUCUUUUUUAAAUUCUAAUUUUCACCAUUAGGUGGAGAAGCAAAGCCAUUUAAUAAAGGGACUGCAGUCUUUAAAUAAUGUUUCACAUGUCACACACAGCAUCUCUGAAUAGACCUCAGGGGGACACAGGGCAUAAGGGAACCUGCAGGGAUUUUUUUUCAUUAUUUGAGAUAAACAUUUUAAAGAGUUUUAUUUCUUUUCUUUUUUUUUCCAUAAAUGGUUUAUAUGCAUUUCAUGUGUGAACUGAGCUGCUGCAGAAUUGUCCUUAUUUCAAACUGUAAAUGUGACUUUUUUUUAGAGUCCAUCACAUUUAUACAUGUGUAUAAAUGUUGGUGUGCAGUUCUCUCAGAGAUCGUGUCUCUGUCUACACAUCACUAUGGUUCGACAGCAUAAUUCUAAUAUGAAAGACUAUUUAACUAAAUUCCUAAUUACACUUGCACUAACAUUAGAAGCACAACUUCCUGUAUGAAUAAUUCGAUGAAUACACUCGUCACCUGCUGUUUGCUGACUAUACAAUGCCACUAUUGAGUUUUUUAAAUUUUUUUAACCAUUUUGUUUAGAGAUAUCUUGCUGUAAAUAUUGAUUUCGACUGCUGUGAUUCAUGAUUUGAUAAAGAUGAUUUUUUUACUUUAUUUGUACUCGGCAGCAGAUUGAGUUUUAUCCUUUGUACCACAGCACUUUAUAUGGUCUGUUUGCUCAGUGUGAUUGAAAGGUUGUGAACAUUUCUGCCAGCUGUUGUGAAAAUGACUGAGUAAAAAAAUUGCCACUGCUCAACGAACAAA